CUGUCACCUAUGCAUUUUUGAUGGAGAAUUUUCAUUUGCUAUUCUUUAACUUUGCUUAGAAUUUCAGAAAACAAGUAGGGGAGAAGUGGAUUCUGCUCAUGGGUACUAGAUUUAUCUACAGUAUCAAAACUCAGUUUGAUUUUGUUAAUAAUACAGAUCUUGUAAACGAUUUUGUGUAUGAUAAUAUGUAUAGGGUUGUUAGUUUUUUCUGGGGUUUUGUCUGCAACUACACUUUUCAUCUGUUUGGUUCGUUGUUCAGACACAUCUUCAGAUUUCAGAAGGGAAAUUUUGUGAACAAGUUUGAAUCCAAUUCUAAUGAGGUUUAUCAUCAACAAGAAGAUGAUCAAUUUGGUUCAAGUUGCUCUCAGGAUUCAGAGACAGAUAAAAGCGAUGCAGAAGAAGAGAAUUCUGUUGUUAUGGAGAGUGCCUUGUCGGCAAGCACUAAUAGGUAUGAGUUCUUGGCUGGGAAAGGCAUAUGUGGAUUCUUGGAAGAACCAAGAACAUUGAGCUUUACUGUCCAUGAAGUGUUCCUGGAUUCAAAUAAUGAUGAAAUUUUGAACACUUCAAUUUUUGAUAUCAGACGCUCCACUGACGAGGAAUUCCAAGACGUUGGACUAGAUGCAGAGGCAGCGGAUAAAGCAGAGAAAUCAGGGGCCUUGGUCAAAAGUUUUGUCGUUGACGAAGCUUCAGAAAAGAAACAGGAACAAGAAACAUUGAUGGGAGAGAAGAAUUCUGAUGAGGAAAAUUUAACUUUUGAUGAUGGAGUCACUGUCGACAGGGGAUUUGGAAAUCAUGAAUUAGAUACGGAGAAAACAGAGAACUCGAUCACAAGUUCGGUCAUUGAAGAGGCAGAGAAGCAAGAACUGGAAACAUCCACCGGGGAAAAGAUUUCUGAUAACCUAGAGACGGGUGGUUUAGACCAUAGCUCUGAACUUUCGGUUAAUAGAACUGUCGGUGAAGUAUUUGAAUCUGAAAGUCUCAUUUUCAUCUAUGAGGAGAAGAUGGAACAUAGUAGAGAAGCAGAAGGAGUUGGACCUCAAAGUUGCAUGUCGUUGGAUGAGAAGGCAGAACAUAACAGAGAACUGGAAGCUAUUUUAAUGAGAGACCAAUCCAUUGAUUCAGAUGAUGAAUAUAUAGAAUUACAACCCCAGAAACAGAAUUCAAUUUUAUUGGAUGUGGAAAUAUUGUCUACAGAAGAUUUAAGCAAUGUUGAUGAGAGAGAAGAAGAGCAAGAACUAGUCCAUGAAAAGGCAGAACCAAAAUUUGAAGAAUCUAGCUUCCAGGAGCAAAAGUACUCUGAUUCACCUGUCCAAAUCGAAGCAGAUUACAUGUUUGAGCACCAGGACAUAAUAGAACAGCUAAAAAUGGAGCUGAAACUAGCAAGAACUGGGGGUCUUCCAACAAUUCUUGAAGAAUCAGAAUCUGAAGAAUUGGAGACUCCGAAGACGGUGCAAAAGCUAAAGCCAAUGAAGAUUGAAGACCAAAAAUUUGAGCGCAAAGAUCUCCUGGAUGGGAUUCACAAGGUUUACAAGAGCUACUCGGACAAAAUGCGAAAAUUGGAGAUCUUGAACUUCCAGACCAUGCACUCACUUGGCUUACUGCAGAUGAAAGAGACAGUUCAGUUUCAGACAGCUCGGAAAUCUUCUGUUACAGCAGUUAUCUCUCUUCUUUCGCAGAACUUAUGGUUGUGCAAAGGGACGGCGGUGGUUGAUCCAGUGAAGAAGGUGAUUGCAGAUAUGCAUAAUGAUUUUGAAACCAUAUAUGUUGGACAGCUUUGCCUUUCCUGGGAAAUACUCCAAUGGCAAUACCGGAAAGCUCAAGAAUUGCAGAAAUAUGACUCUCAAGGAUCCCAUCAAUAUAAUCAAGUAGCUGGUGAGUUUCAGUUAUUUCAAGUCCUGAUACAAAGGUUUCUGGAGAAUGAGCAAUUUCAAGGUCCCAGGGUCGAGAAUUAUGUCAAGAGCAGAUGUGUCCUUCGUAGUCUUCUUCAAGUUCCUCUAGUUAGAGAUGAUAGUUUCAAGGACAAGGGAAAAAGAGGAGAUGACAAUGAAGAUGCAAUUACAAGCCAAAUGCUCAUAGAAACAAUGGAGCAAUCAAUGCUGGUUUUCUGGGAAUUCCUUCGUGCCAACAAAGAUGAAAGCAGUGUGAUCUUGCAGGGUCAUCAACAAGCCCAUAUUAAUCUCCAAGAACCUGUAGAUUUAGAGCUGUUAACAGAUAUUCGAUCCGAUUUUCAGAAGAAGGAUAAAAAGCUUAAAGACAUAUUGAGAAGUGGAAAUUGCAUAGUGAAGAGAUUCAGAAAGCAACAAGAAGAUCGAGUGCAUCAUAUUCACACACUGUUCAUAGCUCAGGUGGAACUGAAAUUGGUUUCUAGAGUUCUAAACAUGUCCAAACUAACAACAGAUCAAUUGAUAUGGUGUCAUGAGAAAUUAGACAAAAUUAACUUCUGUAAUAGAAAAGUUUUUGUGGAGUCCUCAUUUUUGCUCUUUCCAUGUUGACAUGGUGAGUAGUCAGGAUUGCAACUUUCUUUCUGUAGAUAAAUGCUUUUCAGAAGGUUUAAAUAUCAACGUAUACAUGUAAAGUUAUCAUGUCAUACAUACUACUACGGAUUUUUAUUGUUUAGACUCUGUAUAUCAUGAAACCUAAACACGAGGUUAAUAAGACAACUUUUCCUUUUCUUCAA